UGUUAAAAAAGACACUGAGUCACUUUGCACUGUUUAAGAAAGGCUUCUUGUUCCAACACGUCUUUUAUACGCAAUUUAUUCGUAGUCGGUAUUAUCAGGAAAUUUUCCGUCGCACAAAGCAGAAGUAUAAAUUUACUUUGCUUGCUAUGGAGGUCUGGCGCUGACCCGCGGUACAGUCCUUAUCCCAGCGGACACGUCUUCAAAAAUGCCUCGUGGAUUACAGCUCUUACUGCUACUAUUAGCCGUGCCUUUGCAGUAUUUGAUAUGCCAGUGGACUAGUCCAUCUGCAAGCGAAAGGGUUCAGCUAAUCAAACAACUAUCAAAGCCUCUGACUCUAUUCAGUGGUGGCUAUAUUCUGGAUUGGAAUAAAUGGCAUGACAUGGUUGUCAACUGGACUCGAUCUAUGAUUAAUUUUUUGCAAGAUGAAGAUGGUGAAUGCCCAGCUGAAGAAGUUUUUAAAUAUCAAGAGAAAAAUGGACACUUUGGAAUGUCAACAGUUCCUCGUACUCCAAGACCAAAGCAUGUGAAAUUUCAUGUGGGCCAAGUAAUUAGACAUAAACUGUGGAACUACCGUGGAGUCAUCAUUGGAUGGGAUGAGAAACUGAAGGCCUCAGAGGCAUGGACACAGCAAAAUCAUGGAGAUAAAAAGCACUGGCAGGACAUGCCAAACUAUGCAAUUCUUGUGGACAUCCGUGAUCGUCCCAGUAGUCAAGUUACCUAUGUUCCAGAGGAAAAUAUUGAACUUAUUACCAAUACCAAGAUUGUUCACUCAACACUAGAGGAAUACUUUGGUGAAUUUGAUGGUGCACGCUAUUUACCAAGACCCUGGCUCAAAAAAGUUUACCCUCAUGGAUAAAUAAUUACCUGUGGGAUAUGUCUUAUCACCAGGCCUCAGUUAUUUGAAGCUAAAAUAACACUAUCCACAGGAUAAAUCUCUAUCUGCUGGAUAACGCACUAUGUCAAGCUAUCACUUAUCUGCCAGAUAGCGAUUUAUCCUUUGGAUAGUGAUAGCAUUAUACAAAUAUGCAUUAGUGCUUGUUCAAAAAGGUUUAGAAGAAGAUGGAAAAAUUACCUUGUAGUCUAAAGUUUGCUGAAUCCAUACGACAAAAACAAGUCAGUUUUGAUACAACCAUGUGCAGUGAAUUUUGCACAAUAAAUUUCUAUUUCCCCCAGUGUUAUAUUUAAUGAAAUUGAGUAAGCAUGCUGUUUCUAGCUCUUUGUAAUUUAUUAAGCAGUUCAGCCCUUGACUGCUGUGUUUUAAUAUUUCAAAGAGAAGAGUUUUCUGUCGGUUGCAUUCUUAGUGUAAUGAGUUUAGCAAGUUUUAGUCAUAAGGUUGGGUGAGUCACAAAACUAAUCAUACCAUCAUUUGUAUUUUGUAUAUAAAAGAGUAGAUAUGAGGGUUCCAAAUAAAAAAAAUGGAGGGAA